CACAUCAGCUGAUUCAUGUAAACAGUACACAAGGGGAACAUCAGCUGACUCAUGUAAACAGUAGGGGACAUCAGCUGACUCGUGUAAACAGUAAACAAGGGGACCAUCAGCUGAGCGGGUGUAAACAGUAAACAAGGAGCCAACUGAGCGGGUGUAAACAGUGAUCUAGGAGGAGUCAGGGACAGAAUCAAAGGUUGUUGCACUAGUUCCCGAUGGUAAGGAGCAACCAUGAAGAUCCAGUUUGGCGAGAAGGGUGAGGUGUCGUGGGAUGUGCUGGUGGAGACCCUUGGUGCCGAGGAGCUGCAGGAGGAGCACCCCCACAAGGCACCCACCUGCACUCAGAGGUUGCGGAAGCAGUUCUGUGGAGGCUCAUGGCUGACGCUGGCUUUUGUGGUUGUGGUGACCCUCACGCAGCUGUGGCUGUUCCUGUACUUUCUCAGCACCUGGGAUGCAAGCCCUGUCACACACCUGGUCUUUACAGAUGACCAAGGAAAUGUACGGCAUGUCCACUUCUCAUGGUCAAACUGUGGCAGCCAAUCAGACCCAGUGCUGCUGAAGCAACUGCAAGUCAAUCCAGAUCCUGUGAUGCUAAACAGCAACAUAACUCUGACUCUGAAUGCAUUCCUGGAUCUCACCCUUGAUGCUCCUAUUUCGGCUGCAGUUAAGGUGGAACGCAAGGUGGGGUGGUGGUGGGUGAAGAUCCCUUGCCUGGACAGCCUGGGGUCCUGCCAUUACAAGAACGUGUGUGACCUGAGCCCCAUCCUGCCCCCUGAUCCAUGCCCCGACCCCUUCCCCAGGUUUGGACUCCCCUGCCGCUGUCCCAUCACCAGGGGCCAGUAUAAGGUGAAGGGAGGAGUGUUCAGCAUCUCCCCCAUUGUUAGCUACCUUCCCGCCUGGCUGGUCUCGGGUGAUUACUACAUCCAUGGGACAGCUCAGAAGGGUGGCAUCACGCUCGGAUGCUACAACCUCUAUGUCUCAGUCUCCCACUAAACCUCAGCCCAUCCCAGCACCUCCUUUUAUGUGGAAGAUGUGACAGACUUUUGAGUUGAUAUACCUAAUAGUUGCUCACAGUUUUUCUUAUUUUAUCUUAUUUUUUAUUUUUUAGCUAGGGUAUCAUCUUCCCCUCAAGCUACGCCUAUCUCAGAACCUUCCUGUCAUUGGGUGAAUCUGUGGCAGGACUUUUGAGUUGAUGUGAUAGUUACCGAGUGUUUGUUUUAUAUAUUCAGUUUUUUAUUGCGCUUGUGUUCUCCUUCCUGGUAUGUACUGGAAUUUGAAGGUUGUUUUUUUACUCUCAGGUUGUGUCUUAUGGAAUUUUUUAAAGCAAUUUCUUCAUUUAUUUUUUAUUUUUUUAUCUUAUAUAUUUUAAUGAUUGGAUCUGCUGCAUAUAUAGUGAUUGUGUUAUCUGGUUCCAUAAUUAACAGUUUAGUGCCCAUUUCAUUUUGCAACUUGCCAUUCCAUAAGUUUAGAGCAAAAUGUCUUGAGCAAUAAUUAACCCUUGUAGGCUUUGUAAGAUGUAUUUCCUUGUACUUCAUUUCUGUUGUUUUGGUUGCCAUAUGUUUAUGAGACCUGUUUUUUAAGAUUUUUAUUCAGGGUAUUUCUCAGUGCUGCCUCAUAGUUGCAGUGACCUUUGCGUUCUCAGGAUGUGCGCCAAAAUGUGUCUCAUUCAUAUGUUUCUUGUGCUCUCUAACCAGAGCUCCAAGGUCAUAAGACACUCAGAGAUAAUAUUUUUUUGUUAGCUCUCUGAUCAUAGUAAUUUUCUACUUUAUAAUAUUUUUGUGUACGAAUCAUAAAGUAGAUAUAUGUGUGAAAGUGUUUGUGGAAGAUUAUGAACACAAAAAGGAGUGAAUGAUUAUGAAGUGGUUUGGUAAUAGAAAGAAAGAAAGGAAAAUUGUGUGUGGUUAUGCAAAGGAAAGUGAAAGGUGACGAUCAGUCUGAAAGGAGUAAGUGCCAUGAAUGAGAAAUAAGAUAAUUAAAUGUACAAGACUAGGGAACACAACUAGAACGAAAUACCCCGGGUAUUCGAUAUAUGCGAGUUCGAAAUAUGCGAAUAACCCAAAUGUGCCAAGUGUUCAUUUUAUGCGAGAAAAAUUCACUAUUAUGUGGGUAGCGGCGCUGGUGCGAUUGUUUGGGAAGGUAUGGUGGCCGACUCGCACUAGAGGGCGGCGGAUGCAAAUGUUUUCCCGCACUUUCCUCGCCUAUAAUUAACCUUGUCCUCCCUCUGAUCCUAAAGUUAAUCCUCAGGUAGCUAAUUAUCAUUAUAUUUUACAGUUUAUCUGUACUAAUGUGCUUUAUUGUUGCUUUAGUGAUUUAUUAUUGUGAAACAGUGCCAGAAUGAAUAGUUAGAGGGUUUGAAAAUGGAUCGUGGAACAUAACCCCCUUUAAUUAAUGGGAUAAUAGGUUCAAUAUAUGCGAAUUCACAUUAUGCAAGCUUUUUGCAGAAUGUAACCCUCGCAUAUAACGAAUACCCUGGUGUACUUCACUGCCAUGGGGUUUGUGGCUGAAUGGCCAUUGGUAUGUUUUCUUUGUAGGUGAAGUGUUAACACAACCAUCUCCAUGAAUGGCUGUACAUGUCAUGAGACAUUUUGUGAUAAUUCUCAUUAUGUCAAUUUAUAAUAAUUCGGUAAUUGUGAUCAUAUAGGUAAUAUUUUUAUGUGAUAGAGAUUAAGCUAAAAGUGCCUUGUCUUGAUAAUGAUAACACAUCACUUCCAGCACAGCAAUCAAAUGAGCUUCACAGUAGCACUAGGUAUCACAUGGCUGUUGCUAGACAUUUGGGGCAUUGGGGGAUCACUUGUGUGAAACCACAAGUGACAAAGAGAGUUGUUGGUGGGCCUGGUGGCAUGCUCUGCAAGGAUUUUCCAUUGAAUUUUAGCUGUCUCGUACAGUAUUUCCUUCCAUGUGAGUGCAAUCAAAAGAAGUGGAAGUAAAUACAGUAGAGCCCAAAUCUUAUACAAUUUAAUUUCUUGUAAAGAUUCAGAGUAAAGUCCUGGGUGAAAGCCCACCUCCAACAAUGGCUUGGACAUGUGUUCUAAUUUUAUAUCAUGUGGGGAAUGUACUGAAACCUUGAAGCCUUUAGACAUUUUGAUGAGCUGGAGAUCUAGAGAAUAAUCUGGAAAUGUGUGACUUUUGGCACUGAGGUUUUUUUCCUCACUCAUAAUGACUCGCCAUAGUCAGGAAGAUUAAUUUAUUUCAGCAGAAACACCAAUUAUUGGAACCUCACACAUCUACUUAUUUUAAUAUUAACCUUAAAAUAAUGUAUACUUUGCAGGCAACUUGUUCUAAAUACAUUAUGUACUUAAAAAUCAUGCAUAUAUAUACUGACUGAUUUUAUUCAGCAGCUAAUAUACAUUUAGUUCUGAAAUAACAUUUACUGUUACAAAUAAAUUACUCCAUGCGCU